AUGGAAUGCGGCUCAUCUCAUUUAUUGAACUGUGAAUUACAUAUUUCUCUUUUUACACUUCUGAACGAGUCAUUGUUGUUAAUAUUUUUACGAUUCCUUGACGCAUUUGUGACCCAUUCUUGUGAAAUAAACAUCCACAAUUAUUGCGCAACAAUACAAGAACAUCCCAUCUCAAACUUGUCAUUUCUGGCUCUAGGUGGUAAUGGCCGUAACGAUCCCGGGUGCUGCGAUGAUCAUUAUCAAGAUCCUCGAGCCCAUCCGGGCCACUGUGCUCAACAUCGGCCGGACCAAUGCGGUCCAAUGGGUGGCGGAGGUUUGAUGUGUCCAUAUGGCUGCUGGGCGAGCAUCUGCUGGACUCGUGCGUUAAUCACAGCCGUUGCGGCUGCGGGUCCGGGUCGCGGCUCCGACCGAGAUGUGCGCUGCUUUCGGAAUCGCAAAAUGAUCAUUGUGCUGGGAAUUAUAAUACUAAUUGGAGCCGCGUGCGUUGGCGUCGCUGGCUUGUUGUUGUUGCUGGCGUUGCUUCCAUUUGCGGUUUGUGGUGGCGCGGUGGUGCUCGGAAUUCUCGGCUGGCUCUGGCAGCGUCACCACUACAAUUACUGGAAGCGUCGUAAUGUGCCGCACAUCCCAGCCACACCCAUAGUGGGAAAUGUUUGGCGUUUAUUGCGCUAUCGCUGCUGCUUUGGUGAUCAGUUUCGGGAGCUCUACGAAGCACCCGAGGCCGUGGGGGAGGCCUAUGUCGGGAUUCAUGUGCUACAUAAUCAUGCGAUUCUAUUGCGGGAGCCAACGCUCAUAAAACGCAUACUUGUGGAGGAUUUUGCGCAAUUCUCGAGUCGUUUUGAGACCACAGAUCCUGUGGGGGAUACGAUGGGUUCGCAGAACUUGUUCUUCGCCAAAUACGAGGUUUGGCGCGAUAUACACAAAAUCUUUACGCCCUUCUUUGCGGCCAACAAGGUGCGUCAAAUGUAUGGAUUGUUGCAGCAAAUUGGAGAUCAGCUGGAGGAGCAUAUGGAGCUGCGUCUAGAGGCAGGAAAUGGCAUCAGUGAGGUGGUGGAGGUGAAGGAGUUGUGUGCGCUCUUUACCACCGAUAUUAUAUCCUCAUUGGCCUUUGGGAUUGAAGCGCACAGCCUGCAGCAACCGAAUGCGGAUUUCCGACGCAUGUGCAUUGAGGUCAACACUCCGCGUCCCAAACGCAUUCUUGAUCUCUUCACCAUCUUCUUCUUUCCCAGCUGGGUGCGGCGUAUGCGUGCGCAUCUCUUCUCCACGGAGUACGAACGCUUCAUGCGCAAAUCCAUGAACUUCAUAAUGGGCGAACGAGCCACCACCGGAGCACAGAGGAAUGAUCUGAUUGACAUCUUCCUACAGCUGCAACGCACCCAUCCAAUGGACAGUGUGGUGCACAAGAAGGACUUUUAUGUGGCUCAAGCAGCAUUUCUGAUGCUGGCGGGCUUCGACACUUCCUCCUCGACAAUAACCUUCGCCCUUUACGAGCUCGCCAAGCACCCUGAGAUUCAACGGAAUUUGCGUGACGAACUUAAAGCCGCCCUCCAGCAGUCCAGUAAUACGCAGCUGAGCUAUGAAUCCCUCAGCUCGUUGCCCUACCUGCGGCAAGUGGUGGACGAGGUUCUGCGUCUAUAUCCCCCCACCGCCUUUUUGGACCGCUGCUGUAACGCCAGCGAAGGCUACGAUUUGGAACCUUGGGGUCCGACACGUUUGGCGCGUGGCACGCCUGUAUACAUAUCCGUCUUGGGCCUGCACAGAGAUCCGGAGCUAUGGCCGGAACCCAAUAAAUUUGAUCCGGAGCGUUUUUCGCCCGAGGAGCGUCAGCAGCACACACCGACGAGUUAUUUACCGUUUGGCGCUGGUCCACGCGGUUGUAUUGGAACUAUACUAGGACUGCUGGAGAUUAAGGUCGGCCUGUUCUACAUCCUUAAGAAUUAUCGCGUCGAGACUUGCGACCGCACGUUGCCUGAAAUGAGAUUCGAUCCGAAAACGUUUGUGCUAGCGGCUGAGGGCGGAACGUACCUUCGAUUUGUGAAAGAGCAGCUAAAAUAAACUGUUAAUGUACUCUGCGUUUCAA